AUGAUGUUUAUGUUGAAAGGGUUAGGUUUUUUCUUUGUAGCGCUGACUUUAACAAAAGCCUCAGAAAGACCGGCACUCUCAGAACUUGGUAUUUAUAACUAUCAUGACCGAAUAGGAAUCCCGGAGGCUAAAAAGAUUUGGUAUGUUGAAAGAGAAUUAAUUCGUUCCGGACAACGCAUUGCAGGAGGUUCGACUACCACUAUCUUCUCAGUACCCUACCAAGCAGGAUUAAUUCUUACUAUAAGUGCCAUUCGCAACUCGGUAUGUGGUGGUACCGUCAUUUCGGAUACGCGAAUCUUGACAGCUGCCCAUUGCCAAAACGAUGGCAACAACAUUGUGGCUUCCAUCACCGCAGUUCUUGGCUCCAAUAUGCUAUUCACUGGCGGCACUAGACUCACCGCAACUGGAGUUGUUCUACACCCAGGAUACAACCCGUGGAUUGUAGCAAAUGAUAUCGCUAUCAUACUUGUACCAAGAAUUUCUUUUUCAACAAUGAUUCAAGCCGUCAAUUUACCUUCAGGUAGUGAAAUUAAUGAAAGUUUUGAGGGACGCACAGCGGUUCUUUCUGGGUUUGGAGUCACGAGUAAUGGAGCUUCUGUAGGCCUUCUUCAAGCAAUAAGUUCGGUCAACCUGCCUGUAAUCAACAACGCAGAAUGCAUCAGAUCUUACGGAAAUGUUAUUCAAGCCCAUCACCUCUGUACCAGUGGCGCUAAUAACAGGGGCGCCUGUCCAGGCGACACCGGUGGACCUCUAGUCGUGAAUAUCAACACUAGACGAGUUUUGAUCGGCGUAAGUUCUUUCUUCGCAACGUCAGGAUGCAGUAAUGGUUUACCUUCUGGUUUUUCUAGAGUUUCAUCUUUCAUACCCUGGAUCCAUUCAAUUUAG